CUCCCGCUUCCUCCGCCCGUCCCCGCCGGGCGGGUCUGGUGCGUGGCACAAGCUCAGCAGCCCCGGAGCUUUCUAGAGCUGCCUUGUGCCAGGUCCGUCCCGCAGGCAGCGCCUCCGGUCGGUACCGGCUCCCGGGCUGGAAUCCGGGCGGGAAUUCGGCUCCAUGGGGCCUCCGGCGGUGCUGCUGCUUUGGAUGGUGCUGGCGCUGCUCGGAGCGGGGGGCGGCGAUGCCUCUCCGCAGGAAGAAAACCUGCUGGUUCUUACUGUUGCCACCAAGCAGACCGAGGGAUUCCAGCGUUUCAGAAGAUCAGCCCAAUUCUUCAACUACAAAGUCCAGGUGCUGGGGCUGGAUGAGGAGUGGAAGGGUGGAGAUGACAAGAAGCCAGCAGGAGGUGGGCAGAAGGUCCGUCUCUUGAAGUCAGCUUUGAAGCAGUAUGUGGAUAAGGAAGACUUGAUCAUCCUUUUCAUAGAGAGCUAUGAUGUACUCUUUGCUUCGGGCCCCACAGAACUGCUGAAGAAGUUCAAACAAGCCAAGAGCAAGGUGGUCUUCUCAGCAGAAAACUACAUCUACCCUGACAGAAAGCUGGAAGCCAAGUACCCUCAGGUGCGAGAUGGAAAGCGCUUCUUGGGUUCUGGAGGCUUCAUAGGUUAUGCUCCAAACCUGAUGAAGCUUGUGGAGGAGUGGAAAGGACAGGACGAUGACAGUGACCAGCUCUUCUAUACAAACAUCUUCUUGGAUCCAGAAAAAAGAGAAAGUAUCAACAUCAGUCUAGACCAAAGAAGUCGGAUCUUCCAAAACUUAAAUGGAGCAUUAGAUGAGGUGGUUCUGAAGUUUGAAAACUCACGAGUGAGAGCAAGAAACUUGUUAUAUGACACUCUGCCUGUGGUGAUUCAUGGAAAUGGACCCACCAAGCUGCAGCUCAACUAUCUGGGAAACUACGUUCCUCAAAUAUGGACAUUUGAGACUGGCUGCACUGUGUGUGAUGAAGGUCUGCGAAGCCUCACGGGGUUUAAAGAUGAGGCAUUACCAAUGAUUCUGAUUGGCAUUUUCAUCGAGCAGCCCACUCCGUUCCUUUCCCAGUUUUUCCUGAGGCUUCUUAACCUUCAUUACCCAAAGCAACGAAUCCAGCUCUUCAUUCACAACCACGAACAACAUCACUUGAUGCAGGUGGACUCUUUUGUUAAAGAGCAUGGCAAAGAAUACCUUGCUGUCAAAGUGAUUGGGCCAGAUGAUGAGAUGGAGAAUGCUGAGGCACGUAACUUGGGCAUGGAUUUGUGCAGAAAGGAUCCUGGCUGUGACUAUUACUUUAGCCUGGAUGCUGAGAUAGUUCUGAAGAACACAGAAACUCUAAGGAUCCUGAUUGAGCAGAACAAGCUGGUGAUUGCCCCACUGGUAAGCCGUCAUGAGAAGCUGUGGUCAAAUUUCUGGGGAGCACUGAGCCCUGAUGGGUACUAUGCCCGCUCAGAAGAUUACGUGGAUGUUGUUCAAAGGCGGAGAGUUGGGCUUUGGAACGUUCCCUACAUCAGCAGCGUUUACCUGGUUAAAGCCAAGGUUCUGCGAUCGGAGCUUGACCAGGGAGAUCUCUUCCACAGUGGCAAGCUGGAUACUGACAUGGCUUUCUGCCACAACGUUCGGAAUCAGGGAGUCUUCAUGUACCUGACCAAUCGACAUCAGUUUGGGCACAUACUGUCCCUGGAGAAUUAUCAGACAACUCACCUCCACAAUGACCUCUGGCAAAUAUUCAGCAAUCCUGAGGACUGGAGGGAAAAGUACAUCCAUGAAAACUACACAGCAGCUCUGAAAGGGAAAUUGGUAGAAAUGCCCUGCCCAGAUGUUUACUGGUUCCCCAUAUUCACUGACAUUGCCUGUGAUGAGCUGGUGGAAGAAAUGGAACAUUAUGGCCAGUGGUCCACAGGUGACAACACGGACAGCAGAAUACAAGGAGGAUAUGAGAAUGUCCCAACUAUUGACAUACACAUGAAUCAGAUUGGCUUUGAAAGAGAAUGGUAUAAGUUUCUUCUGGACUAUAUUGCACCCAUCACAGAGAAACUGUACCCAGGAUACUAUACCAAGACUCAGUUUGAGCUGGCCUUUGUCGUUCGCUACAGACCUGACGAGCAGCCCUCUUUAGUGCCCCACCAUGAUGCUUCCACCUUUACCAUUAACAUUGCUUUGAACAAAGUUGGGAUAGACUAUGAGGGAGGAGGCUGCCGGUUCCUGCGCUACAAUUGCUCCAUUCGAGCUCCACGAAAAGGGUGGACCCUUAUGCAUCCGGGACGCCUGACCCACUACCAUGAAGGUCUUCCAACCACCAAAGGAACCCGUUACAUUGCAGUGUCCUUUCUUGACCCCUAGAGCCAUGCUUCACAGGAAGGACCUUUCCCUGGCCCUGCUCACUGCUGACUUUGAGUGGAAUCAGGGAAUGCUGCUGAAUGUUUCUAAGGCAUUGAUCAAAGCUAUUUGGAUAUUGAUUCUUAAUGAUAUUUUAAGACUCCACUACUGGAAGAUCUUCUUCUCUGAUCCUGCAGGUGAUAUCUAGGAAUAUUGCUGUAGAAUUUGGAAGGAGAUAUUGUGCCUUCAUUUUUGAUUGUGCUCCUCAUCCGCUCGCUCUUGGAAGUGCGAUUUACUUGAACCUUCAGUGAUUGGUUGGCUUUACAAAAAUGCUUUCUUGGACUCGAAAUCCAGCUUCUUGGAAGCAAGUCACGAGCUCUUUCUCCAGAUAGCUGGAAACUCAUUUUCAUCCACGUAUCCACAUAUGCGGGACUGGACAUUAGACAGUAAUUUCUGGAUACUAUUCCAAAUAUAAGCCAAUCAGGGAGCAGACUCCAGGAGUCACAGCAGUUAAAUGUCAUACCAGAUGAAACUCAGUAGUAAGAGCCUGAAAAUCAUCUGAUUCCUUACCUCUGCAGUCCUUGGAAGCCUAUCACAAAGUCCAAAGCAGUAGCAGUGGCAAUACAGGUGCUUCUGGUUAGCUAAAGGAAGGUCCACUAAUGAUGCUUUACCUCUGGGAUUAGACUGAAGAGAUAAAAGGUUGCCUCCCUACCUUGUGUUACAGAGGCUGAAAGGAGCAUGCAUGCCCAGGCAGAAUCAGUCCAUGUUGGUAUGGGUAGAUAAAAUCUGAUGAAGGGAAGGCUGAGAACAACUGGA